UGUUUCAGGAUUAUGUAAUUUAAGACAAACGACUGUAUAGUAUCAAUUAAUCAUGUAUUAGUUUUUAAUCUGAGGGUGUGGUAUUAAAUAGUUAACAGUAAGUACUUACUUCUCUUGUAGAACUAGGCGGUAACCGUAUCCAGUAAUCAGUAUAAGCGGUAAAUUACUGCACCUUUUAAUCAAGACUAGGUUUUAUUUCCACUGUUAAGUCCAACGGACUCAAAACUGCGUUCCGACAGAGCGCAGAUCUGUAUGGGCUCGUAUAGUUAUCAUCGCGCGUUGCCUCAGAGUUUGCAUAGUAAAACAAGCGAUCGCUCGUGUUGCAUGUGUUAUGCCGCGCUAUUCAAAAGUAACUGUUUUAAGUAUUCAUUGAUAUCUGUGCGACAUUUUUUUUAUUGAAUAUGGUUUCGGAUGUAGAUAAGAGAUCAAACAAACAACUAAUGAUUAAAAUGGCUGGUUAUUUAGAAAAAAAAGGAAGAAUGCGAGUAGUAGGAGUUCGUCGCUGGAAAAAAAGAUGGUGUGUACUCGAAGGAAAACUACUGCUAUAUUUUAAGACCCAAAUGGAAUAUUCCCAACAUUUAUCUCCUUGCAGGGGUUCUAUCAACAUCGGUCUUGUUUUGUCCAUUACUCCACGUGGUCCAUGUCAAAUACAAAUCGUCACUCGAUCACAAAUAAUUAUAUUUAGAACAAAAUCAAAAAGCGAACAGGAUGAAUGGUUGGUGGCGUUUCUAGAUGCCAAAAAUUGUAGCAAUCAGCUACAAAAUAAUGAAAUACGUUUUGGAGAGCGAGUUUCUGUGAGUGAUGUGCAUAACCAACUGUCAAAUCAUUUGUCCAGGAUAUCUGAUGACACAUUAAACAGUUCUCAUCUUCAAUAUGGUAGGUCUUUGAAAGAUUCAAUCGACGAUAUUUACUCUGACUUACGUAAAAAGAACGGACUUCACGCCAUGGCUGCUAGGCGGACUCUGAGAAAAGCCGAAUCGGAUAACAGGAUAAGCUUCUACAACGCACCUCGAGGAAUAAACGUGGAGGUGACACCUGCAACGGGUAGUGAUAAAGAAUCUUGUCGUUCGCGAAGUUUAUCAUACGAGAGUAUUUAUUUUAAACCUCAAGAUCAUUGCUUGGCCGUUGAAACAACUACAGCGUCAAAAUCACAAAGUUGUCAAGAGUUGGCUGUUGUUCCAAAAGUCAUAACACGGCCAGUAAAAAAACGUGUUGACUUGAUUUCCAAAAGAAUAAGUAGGUCUGUUUCUUUUUUACGAAGAAAUGACUCAGAUUCCGAUGAUUAUGAUUAUAUUGAGGUGGAUGAAAUUGAAAAAACAUCUUCUAAAGCUGCCACACAUGUUACCUCUUCUGAAGAUACUCCUCAAAUUACUCCUAUUGAUGAGGAACGUACGCUGACGUAUAUUGAACCUUUCGGAUUGGAAGAACUUCCUAUUACUCAAAUAAUAGUUGAAAAGACUGAAAAUGCCCUUCAGACUAAUUCUACCAAUUUUUCCGGAUCGGGCUCGUGGCUAUACGAAAUAAAGACGAACAAAUCAUCACCCGACACUGAAAACGAAGGACCGCCACCACCUUUACCGCCAAAAAAUAGGCUUCAGCAAAACAGUAGCUUUGUACCAGUGAAAAAAUAUCAAAUGGCUGACGGUUUGCACGUUUAUUCAAAAGAUAAUGAAGAAAUUAUCUACGAUGUGCCAAUUCCCCAUGGGAAACUCAUUGAACACUUUAGGCGGUUAAGUAUUGCGUCACCGGUUCAAAAACUGCACUGUAUGUAUCCAGAUGUUGCAUACGACUCUUUGGAACCAAGUCUGUUUUAUGAAACGUUACAUAUGGCCCCAGAUUCACUUGAAGUAACAUCCAUCUUGCCACCACAAAAGAGAUGGUCUGGGGACUCCGGUUUCCAUUACGAUGACUCGUGUAAUACCUUUUCACCUGACCAGACCCAUUUUGAGGACUCUCUGGAACCGGUUAUGGCCAUGAUACAUCAUGAUCGUAAAAUAUGGCAAAAUGUGCCAAAUAUAAAUUCGAUCGAUUAUUUUCGUUAAAAGAAGACAGUAGAUAGAAAAUCUUUUGCAGUAUUAAGACUAAGUUAUAUAGAGUUGUAAAAACUUCAUAAAACCAAGCAUGUUCACUUUCAAUUAAAAAAAAGUGUGAAUUAAUAACUUCUUUAUUGAUAAAGUGAGCUGCAUCAGCUAACGCUAUCCUUGUUUGAAACAGGUAUUACGAUUAUUAAGAGAUAUUUGAAAAUAAAGAGAAACACUACCAUUGUAAUUAUUAGGUGGUGUUUUUGAUCUCAACGUUAUAAUGCAUGUAUUUAUUUAUCUAAUAAUAUAGAAGGUUGUUAUGAUGACUAUAAUAUACGUGCAAAAUUAAAUCUUAGGAUGAAUUUUUGAAGAUGAGAUGGACCGAAUGCUAACAAUAAUCAUUACUAUUGUACAAUAAUUUACAUAAUUCACUCCAUGUGAAUCAUAAAAAGUUCCUUAAUUUCAAAUAAUCAAAUUAAAUUAUUCCUUACUACUGAUUAAAUCUUUUAAGAAGUCAUAACAUUUAAUUUAAAAUAUAUUAUUUAAAUAAAAAUUUAUUUAUAUAGUUUUAACUGUCAUAAUUGUUUUUUUUUUGUGAAGAGAAGAUGCUGUAACUACAGCCUUAAAUUUAUACUCCUAUAUUUUAAUUGACUAUGUCGUUGUAAAUAAUACUUACGAAUUGUAUAUUACUGUGUUGAUUUGUCAUUUAAAUAUAUCUAUUAUAAUUAUUGUAAAAUGUCGUAUAUAAAUUAAUAAAACCCAGUGUACAGUG